AGGGUCUUAAGCAAUAACGCCUCUCAGCCACGAGGGGGUGGAGACGCACGCACUUUCUGCUUAAGUCUCGUUUUGUUUGUCUGUUAGUCUGUUUGCUUGCUGUCUGUCUGAUCCUGCGUACAUCCACAGAUCACGUGUCUUCUCUUCCCAGGUGCGUGAUUUAAACGUGUUUGGGUGGAGCUAUUAAAACCCCAGUGACAUCUCACAUGUUGCUAAUCUCUGAUCUGAGGGUUGUAAAAAAAAAAAAAAAGCUCUGGUUUACUUUCGGUUUAGUUUUGAUCUGUACAUCCGUAGGACUGAUAUCCAUCUUUGGACUCGCCGUGCUAGCUGCAUCGGACUGUCGUGUUUUGAUGACGUCACCGCCGGGGACUUUCCGGAUACGUCACACGGAGCUUCCGAGUUACUAAGCUAGCGGGCUCCGUGGUCAUGUCGCUGAGAGGCGAAAACGCAGCCGCGUCUGCCUGAAACACGCGCCCGGAGAGCACAAUGUCCACGCCAAAGUCUGCCAGCGACGCCGACAGCCGUGGAUAUUGAGACGUCGCCGUCGGAGACGACAGGCACACCGAAAGGCGGAAUGUCAACAACGCGGCCCCUCCUCGGGAUGCGACGAGUCACCGAGCUAACGUACCCGGAGCAGCCGGCCAGCAGGCUCCCUGCGCCGGCCGGCCGGCAGCCGCAGGACGCCCCCACCGUGGACGAGUUCACCGUCCUGGAGGACAAGGAAGAGGAGCUGAAAUGCGCCAAGCCUCGCGUGGAGCAGGUUUUCAAAGUGGCGUUCACCAUAAUCGGCCUUCUGGACCACACGGGUCAGCCGCACGGCAGCAAAACAUUACGGCAGAUUUGGCUGCAGCUCAGAGGAAACCGGGACGACGUGUCCAAGGCGAAGGAGUACAUCCGAGGCCUGUGCGACCCCGAGCUGCAGGAGGAGGAGCGCUACCCGGUGGACAUGCACUGCAUCUUCGCGGGGGCCCGGGGCCUCUUCCUGGACCGGCUGAUCCGGGACACCAGCGCCGAGGUGGUGGUGCCGGAGCCGGGCCGCCUGUGGCUGCUGGGCCAGGCGGAGCCCGUGGUGAUGGCCCAGAGCCGAGUCCAGCAGUUUGUGGCGCUCUUCCAAGAGAAAAGAAGUCUGCCCAGUGACCGAGAAUCGGCAGUGAAACGAGCGUUCAAAUCCUUUGUGGAGGAAAGAGAUGAUAAAUACACUAUGGAGCUCCUCCUGCUGCCCAGCGCCCUGAAGGAGGAGCUGCUGGGGCUGGUCUACAGCCCCACCAGCACAAACACAGCUUCUCUGGCGGCGCCCGCCGGCGUGGAGGUGGACCAGGACCGCUCUCAGAGCAGCACGCCGGUGACGGAGCUGUCCAACCGCAUCCUGGACGCCAGCUUCGAGGAGAGAGGGGCGGCGGCCGGCUCUGUGGGCGGCAAAGCCCCCGGCGGGGGGGUCGGUCUGGGCCCCGAGGCCGCGCUGCCCAACGGCGCCCGGCCCUCGCACAAGCGCCGCUCCUCCGACAGCGAGACCCGGGACACAAAGAGACAGUACUCCCUGGAGCGCAAGGAGGAGUCCCCGGAGCGGCCCAGGGAGCGGCCCAGGGACCGGGAGGGCCGGGGGGGCAGCGGCUGCCGGUCCAAAACCCCCUCGGCCUCCAGCACCCUCUCCUCCUGCGCCAAGGCCAACACGGUGGCCGGGCCCAUCAUGCUGGAAUACAACGAGGGCGGGGCCGAGGAGGGGGAGGCCGUCAGCCCCGAAACCAACCUGCGCUGCCUGGUCAACUUCUUCAGGACCAUGGGGUACCAGCAAGAGGUGGUGGAGCGCGUCGUCAAGGCAACGGGACAGACGGAGGACACCUUCCUCGUUCUGGAGAAAAUAGUGGAGGAAACCAAGCGCUGCGAGGCCGGCUCGAAGGGAGAGGAGAAGGAGCGGCGCUUUAACUCUGUGCACACCCUGGACAUUCCCUCCUCCUCCUCCACCUCCACAGUGUUUCGCUCCAGAGAAAAGGAGCGCGAGCCGAGCAGGGCGCUGGUCGACCCCGGCCGGUCCAAAGAGAACAUCAAACCCAGCCCGCACGGCGCCGGCGGCAGCAGCAACGGGCUGGGCCACCGGAGGCAGUGCAGCAGCAGCGAGACCAGCACCCAGCAGGCCAUUACCAUCAAGAGGAGCUCCAGCGCCCAGGGGGGGGCCGGAAACUGUGAGGUCAUCACCAUCGACGACGACGAUGACGUCAUCCCCUCCGACGCCAAGGCGGGCGCCGGCCGGGCCUCCCGGAUCAUGGCGGCCAGCCUGGACGCGCAGUCCGGGUCCCGGACGGACUACCUGGCCCGGGGGGGCGGGGCCCCGCAGAGGGACUGUCUGUCUCGGGGCGGGACGCAGACUUUGGGGGGGUCGGUGAAGGUGGAGAGUGUGACGGCGCUGCGGAGCACCCCUCAGUGGCAGAGCGCCACCCACGCCUCCUCAGGCUCCACCCCCACGGUAGGCCCCGCCCCCUUCAGCCGGAGCUCAGUCAGAUGGGCCGUGUUGCUGCAGUUCACCUUUGUGGAGGACCACUUCAUGAUCCCGGACGACCCGCUGGGCAAAAAGGGGCCCCACCUGGACGCCUUCCUGAGGAGGGACAGCAGGAGGCCCCCGGUGACCCCGCCCCCUCUGCGGCGCCCGGACGCCAGGCCGCCGUCGCAGCUGCCCGUCCACGUCCAGACGCUUAGCUCCGCCCCCCGCCCCCCCAGCUCGCUGACGCCGCACCCCGCCGCCGCCACUCACUGGCCUCACUCCGGGCCGCCCGAGUGGCACCCGCCCCGCCGCUCGCCCUCGCCGUCGCCCUCGCCGCCGCCGCAGCGGUCGCCCGGGGAGACGUCGGAGCUGAAGCGGAAGCUGUACGACAUCUUCCCCGACCAGAAGCAGCGGAUCGACCGCAUCCUGAGCGACAACCCCUACAUGAGGGACCUGAACGCGCUGUCGGGGCUGCUGCUGGGCUGA